GUCACGUGAGCGCAGCGCGGCGGGGGAGGGGCCCUUAUUUCCGGGCGGCGGAAGGAGACGCGGCCGCGUGAGGGCCAGGCGAUUUGAAAACACGCUCCGAGAGCCAGUGGCGCAGGCCGGUGGCGCACCUUGUCACCCCGUGGGCUUCCCCUCGCACGCUCUUCGCGUUGGCCUCCGCGCCCAGGUUCCGGGCGGGGCCUCAGAACUCACAUAUAUAACUCAAAAAUGACCAAAAAACGGAAACGCCAAGAUGACUUUCAAAAAGUAAAACUAAAAGUUGGUAAAAAGAAGCCCAGAUUAGAAAAUGCUACCAUUACAAACUUUAAAACAAAGAGUAUACAUCUGCCUGAGCAACUCAAAGAGGAUGCAGCACUUCCAACAAACAAUAGAAAACUUAACAUAAAGGAUUUGCUGUCACAGAUGCAUCACUACAAUGCUGGGGUUAAACAAAGUGCUCUUCUUGGACUUAAAGACCUUUUGUCUCAGUACCCAUUUAUAAUUGAUGCACACCUUUCAAACAUAUUAAAUGAAGUGGCUGCUGUGUUUACAGAUAAAGAUGCUAAUGUACGAUUAGCAGCAGUUCAACUUCUUCAAUUCCUGGCCCCCAAAAUACGAGCUGAACAAAUUUCUCCAUUUUUUCCUUUGGUAAGUGCCCAUCUCUCUAGUGCCAUGACUCACAUUACUGAAGGAAUUCAGGAGGACUCUUUAAAAGUUUUGGACAUUCUGCUGGAGCAGUACCCAACUCUAAUUACUGGCCGUAGCAGUAUAUUGCUUAAGAAUUUUGUAGAACUUAUUUCUCAUCAGCAGCUGUCCAAAGGACUGGUAAAUAGAGACAGAUCCCAGUCCUGGAUACUUUCUGUAAAUCCUAAUCGGAGACUCACUUCUCAGCAAUGGAGGCUAAAAGUCUUAGUGAGACUCAGUAAAUUCCUUCAGGCCUUGGCAGAUGGAUCCAGUAGGUUGAGAGAAAGUGAAGGACUUCAGGAACAAAAAGAAAAUCCCCAUGCCACUAGCAACUUCAUUUUUAUCAACUGGAAGGAACAUGCCAACGACCAGCAACACAUCCAGGUUUAUGAAAAUGGGGGUUCACAGCCAAAUGUCAGUUCACAGUUCAGGCUACGGUAUUUGGUUGGAGGACUAGGUGCUGUGGAUGAAGGCCUGUCAUCGCCUGAAAACCUGAAAGGAUUUAUUGAGAUAAUAAUUCCAUUGCUGAUCGAAUGCUGGAUUGAAGCUGUGCCUCCACAGCUAGCUGCUUCUGUUGGAAAUGGUAUAGAGCGAGAACCUCUACAGGUUAUGCAGCAAGUACUUAAUAUUAUUUCUCUUUUGUGGAAACUCUCUAAACAACAUGAUGAAACACAUAAAUUGGAGUCAUGGCUUCGAAAGAAUUACCUUAUUGAUUUCAAACAUCACUUUAUGAGUCAUUUUCCAUAUGCCUUAAAAGAAAUAACCAAACACAGAAGGAAAGAUAUGAACAAAAGGAUUUUUAUGUUAAUCAUCAGUGUGUGCUUUGCCGUAGGAACAAAGAAAAAGUACUAUGCAUUUAGUGGAAUUUGGGGGCAGUUGAAGAAAUAUUUUCAGUUCACAUACAAGACCAUUUUGUUUUUAGAGGUUUCAGAGGCUCUCAUCAAAGCAGUAUAUACGUUAUAUCAGCAGAGGGGCCUUGUCCUUCCAGUUCGGACUUUGUUGCUAAAGUUUUUCAGUAAAAUCUACCAGAAGGAAGAACUGAGAUCUUACAGACUCAGAUACCGUAGUAAAGUAUUAUCCCGUUGGCUGGCUGGUUUACCAUUGCAACUUGCUCAUCUUGGCUCCCGGAAUCCUGAGCUCUCAACACAGCUGAUUGAUAUCAUUCAUACUGCUGCAGCACGAGCAAAUAAAGAACUACUAAAAAGUUUACAAGCUACUUCACUCCGAAUUUAUGGGUUUUCCAAAGAGGAGUUGACUUGGCUUCAGAGCCUUCGAGGAGUUCCUCAUGUUGUCCAGACACAGCUUUCUCCUGUGCUUCUCUACCUUACAGACUUGGAUCAGUUUUUACACCAUUGGGAUGUAACAGAGGCAGUUUGUCACAGUUUAUUGGUUAUCCCUGCUCGAAGUCAAAGCUUCGACAUUCUGCAAAGUGCCAUCAGUAAGCAUCUGGUUGCAUUGACUGUAAUUCCUGAUAGCACAGCUGGCUGUAUUUUUGGUGUCAUCUGUAAGCUCCUGGAUCAUACCUGUGUAGUUAGUGAAAGUCUACUGCCAUUUCUGGCUUCAUGUUGCUACACCCUUCUUUAUUUUCUGCUUACUCUAGAGAAAGGGGAACCUGAACAUCUAAAGAAGAGGGACAAGCUGUGGGGGGCCUGUGUCUCCAUUCUGGGUCUCCUGCCUCGAGUCCUUAGGCUGAUGCUGCAGAGCCUACGGGUGAACAGAGUUGGACCUGAGGAGCUGCCUGUUGUUGGCCAACUGCUUCGCCUGCUGCUUCAGCAUGCUCCCCUAAGGACUCACAUGUUGACUAAUGCCAUCUUGGUACAGCAGAUCAUCAAGAAUAUCACUGUAAGAAGCAAGUUGUCAAGCAUUUGUAUUGUUACUGUGGGAGUAGGUUCAUGGGAUGGGUGGGGGACUGCUUUGGGGAGAGUGGGGCUCCUGUGACUACUGAAAUUAAGCCCAGUGUGGUCAUUUCUUAAAGCUUCCCCUACUGUCUAGGUUUUGCCUCUGUGACUUAACCAAAGGGAUGCUUCAUGAUUCUAAAGCAGGUUUUUUUUUAAGCCUUAAAAUUCUCAAACUGAACAAAGGUGGCACUUUGGUUGGAAAAGUACAGGCAUCACAGUUGUUCCUACUGGUACUGUAGUUAGACUUUAUUACUUGUGAUAGCCUGGCAAGUUCUUUUUAUCUAAUCAAACUUGUUUUCCUAUCUAUACCAAUGGAAAUCAUUCCUUUUUUUUGCAUUAUUUUUAGGUUUGGCAACCAUUAAAUGGGAUUGUCCGAGUAAGGUGUUUAAUGCAUGUGAUACUUACUGAGUGCACCCAUUCACCUAUUAGGUGUCAACUCCAAGCUAACUUCAAAUCAUUAAUUCAUUAGGUAGUAAGAUAAAAUCAGAAGAAUACAAUUGGACAGCCUCAGGCUUUGCCUACUAGUUGGCUUGCUGCCUUUGGCUGCUCUGUCUUUUGUGGGGCAGCUUUGUUGGAUUCCUGGUGUUUUGGGUUUUAAAGGGUAAAGAAAUGUUUUCUGUAACUGCUCAUGGGUGUUUUUCUUUU